CACACCCCCAAAUACCCACGUUCCUCUUUUCUCAGCCGUCAGAUUUCAUUAUCAUCAACAGUACUAAUUAGGACACGUGGUGUCCCACUUAUCGGGAAACGAACGGUCCUUGUACAGCCACGUGUCGAUUCCACGUUAAAUUAUCAUACUCAUACCCCUCUGCAUCUUCGCCCCCCCCUCCCUUAUCGGACCUCCGACAAAUACCCUCUCGCCGCCGCACCCCGCACACUCAACCCUAAAAAAAAAGUAAAUACAAUAAAUCUCAAUCUUUCCGCCAAAAUCCCGUCCCCUGAUUUCUCGCCGCAAGAAAAAAAAAAAACCCAAUUAAUUCUUCUGUUUUCAGCCGACAAAGAAGAAAAAAAGAAAGGGUCUUUGUCGGAAACUAUGGCGGAUUCCGACAACGAUUCGGGGGGACACAGCAACAGCAACGCGAGCAGCAGAGAGCAGGACAGGUUCCUGCCGAUUGCAAACGUGAGCAGAAUAAUGAAGAAGGCGCUGCCGGCGAACGCGAAGAUAUCAAAGGACGCGAAGGAGACGGUGCAGGAGUGCGUGUCGGAGUUCAUCAGCUUCGUCACCGGCGAGGCCUCCGACAAGUGCCAGAGGGAGAAGAGGAAGACGAUCAACGGCGACGAUUUGCUCUGGGCCAUGACCACCCUUGGAUUCGAAGACUACGUUGACCCCCUCAAAGUCUACUUGGCCAAGUACAGAGAGAUCGAGGGGGAGAAGACCUCCGUCUCCGCCGUCAAAGACGCCGCCGGCGGUGGCUCAGCCGUCACUUCCGGCGGCGGCGGUUAUAACGGUGGGGGGAUUUAUGGUGGUGGUGGUCCGGUGAUGGGAUAUCAUCAUGGAGGACAAAUGUAUGGUGGUGGUGGAUUUCAGCAUAUUGGUGGUGGUGGUAAUUUGGACACUACGGGCAGCUCCGGCAGCUAUGGCGGUGGAAGUGGUGGUGGAGGAGCAACAACGGGGAGGCAGAGGCUCAUGUUAUAUUGGACCAAAAACAAGGAAUCGAACAAAUGAUAAAACGGACCAAUUGUAAUCGUAUGCUGCCCAUGAGCACGACUAGGUUGGGCCAAAUGCUGCCCAUUAAACUCGGAAUGGUCGUCUUCGAACUGGGGAUGGCCGAGUAUCCCUCUUCGUCGUAGUUACAUAGAUAGCCAUUACUUCUUGCCACGACUCGCUCAAAGCUAUUUUAUCUGUGUUUUUAACAAUGCAAAUAAUUGCAUUAAAUAAAUAGAUAAAAUCCAUUAAAUUAUAAGAGAAAAACAAUAACCGUAGCAAACGUCUGGGCAUCACACUAGUAGAAAAAUGGUUUUUUACUACGAACAUUAACCGUAGCAAAAGGAAUCAAAUUUGUAGUAAAAAGGCUUUUGUUACACAUUUGCUACGAAUUUGCCCCGUAGCAUAUACGGGCGUGACAAAAACUUUGCUACGGCAAAAUGGCCGUACCAAAUAUUUUUUUGCUACGGUGAAUCCUAGUAUUUAUCACGACUUCAAAAUUGUUUUGUACUAAAAAGUACCUUUUAUUACGGCUCUUUACCGUAGCAAACAAUUUCGUAGUAAAGAGCAAAUUUUCUACUAGUGUCAUUACCGAAAACCAAAUCGGUUUUCGGUUUUUUAGUAGUUCUAUUUAUAGCUAAUUUCUAUUUUAGUCAUUUCUUGGGAUGUAGUUGUUGUAGCUCGCCUACUAAGGUUUCUAUAUAAAUUCUUUUUAUUGUCAGAAUACCAAAAAAGUACAUGACACCGUUGUAAUG